AUGCCUAGUCCCGUCCAGUUUGAGCCGGCGGGCACGUGCGCCGGUGUCGGUGAGUCUGGCUUGGCCCGUCACCUGAUCGAUGGCGCGAUUGGUUUGCGAUAAGGGGAGGUUACAUUACAUCCCAUCGGUUGAUGGAUGGCCUGCCUGAACCCAACCUCCGGGGCUUUGACCGGUCGGACUUUCUUUCGAAAUCCUAAAUCCCUCGCUCACGACAGACACAUACAACACCCUACUCACCGCACUGCAAUCCUGCCUGUUGGCGUGCAUUUUGUUGUCUUAUCUACUUACCGAUUUUUUUUUUCCCUGCAUUCAUGCAUCACCGGCGAACUGGCCUGGGUUUUCCCUUAUCAAUGUCUCUUGGGGGAAGAGACAUUCAAAAAAAGAGAGAAAGACAGAAGAUCUAACCUUAAUGGGAAAGCCACAAACAAGAGGAAUGAAGAUUUGAGGGCGUCGCCGCUUUCAACUCACCUCGGGGGAAAAGUUUUUUUUGUCUUUUUUUUUCUUUUGUUUUUUUUAUCAUAAUAUUCUGGCUGAAACGCACGUCACGACUAUGCAGGCAUGAUACUGGCCAUGUCGGAUUGAUUUUGAGGGUCAUGGUCAAUCCGCGCGUGCCAAAAGUUUUUUUUUUUUUCUUGAUCUCUUCUGUUGUCAUAC